AUGCAGGAGGGUGAAAUCACUAAGCGGUUACAUAUAGCAGGUUUAACGCCGUCUAUUACGCUAAAAGAUUUAGAGAAUAGAUUUAGCAGAUUUGGCAGCGUCUUAAGUGUAGAAGAAUGCGGUAGAGAUGGUAAUGGCGAUCCACGUAAAUAUUGCUUUAUGAACUUUAAAUCAAGUCAAGCACAGUUGAAUAAAUUGAUGCAAACAUUUUCAAACUCACGUUGGAAAGACGCAAAACUUAGAAUUAGUGAAGCUAAACCAAAUUACACCGCUAGAUUAGAAAUUGAUAAAGAGAAAGCAAUAGAGAAGGAGCGUAAGAGAGAGUUUAAGCAAGCGAGAAAACUUCUUCAGAAGAGAUUGAGAGGCGCUUUAAAGACAUAUGCAAAGGAUAUGCGAUUGACUACACCAUACAAUGCUAAAUGGAGAAGUGGUUGGUAUAUUACUCCAGCCAAGCAUCUCAUACAUCCAAUACAUAUUCGUCCAGAUCACCCACUCCCAAUACCUUCUACAUCGAAAUCGGCUCCUAAAGUAACGAAAGAAGCAAAGGCACCCAAAAGAUCUAAACAUAUCAUUAUAGAUCCACGUAGAUAUGGGUCGAUUCAUUACGGAGAAAACAUGCUAGGCAAUGAGAAUGUUCCUAUUGACAGUAGGCCAUGGCUAUGCGAAGAAGACGAUCAGGGCCGUGUUAUAUGGUACAAGGAAGGCGCAGAGAAUGAAAUUUACGACUUCUCCUUCAGAGAUCCAUUAAAGGUGUAUGCUGAUAAUGUAGACUUCUACAAUCAUUUGGACGAUAAAGUAGUACCAUCAAAGCCGAAACAGAAGACUGACACAAUUGAUGAAAUCGAAUAUCAAGUUAGAAAAUUGGAAGAAAAUGAGAAGCGUUAUGACGAUGAUGCACUCAGUGAUGAUGAUGAAGAUGAGAUUUUUGCUAUGCUUGAAAGUCAACGAUUGAGAGAAGAAAGAAGCGAAUCACCUUUGUUUGAAGGUGCACAAGCAAAAUCGUUUGAUUGGUUGAGUAGCGCACCAGAACCAGAUAACAAGCAGGUUCAAGUUCAACCUUCACAUGAUCCUGCCGCCGAGAAGAUUAAAGAAGAGCAUAGAUCUCAAAACGCACUUCUAGAUUCCCUUUUCCAAAAUGAUGGAUUUGGAAGGAAAGCUUCUAUAGGCCUAGACUCGGAUUAA